AUGAGAUUUCUGCUGUUUCUGAUUCUCAUAUGGAUGCAAUACAACUGCUGUUCGGCCGCUGUAUGCGUGUCUGAUGAAGAGGUAGCCUUUCCAGCAGGCGCUAAAACGUGCAAAACGGAUUCAUCUUGUGGGACGUAUAAGACCUACAAUUUUGGACAAGGCGGGGUCAGGUGCGCCAAGGAAUAUGGCGGCAGUGAUGUUGAUGGAGUUUGUUGUUUUAAAAGAAGUUAUUGUCAAAAUAUCAGAUCAGGAUCAGAUACUAUGAUCGUACCAGAUGGCAACAUUGAAAAAGUGCAAUUGUGUAAAACCCACGGUGAAUGCGACAACGCUAAAAAACAACAUAACUUGGCGAAGGAUUAUCAGUGUGAGAAAGAUGUGUGUUGCACCACUGCGACCGUUGAUACUGUGAAAGCAUGCCCAAUGAGUGAAGGACAGGCAGAGAAGCCUACUCAGGCAUCUUGCAGUAUUACCGGAGCACAAUGCGGAAAGGAUGAAUAUUGUGGUAUCAGAGGAUGCUGUAAGAUCCGCUUAUGUGAAGGUAGUCACAUGCUGCCACAACACAAUAUUUCGUCGCCAGAACAUCUGCAAUUCUUGGAAUGCACGAACAAUCAACAGUGCUUGACCGCACACAGAGACUUUCCUGACAGCUACUGUUCAAAAGUCUCCGGUGGCGACGAAUCACGAAAAUUCUGUUGUCCUGUACCCUUUUCGAGGCUCUUUCGCGAGAAGGACAACAGGUUACUUCUGCAAGCCAAAGUUUUGAAAUACCAUCAAAGCAUUGAAAAGCCUGGAGAAAUCGCUGCACACCUUUCCGGAGAAGAGGGAGAGUAUUCCAAAAAAUGCGAGACGAAUAGCGAUUGUGGAGAUGAUGAAUUCUGCGACAUUAUCGUACCUAGACAGAAAAGUACAGAGAAAAUUCUAGAAAAAAUGGUAGAUUACCAGCCAAAAGCGUGUUUUCCUUCUCUACGUUGCGCGGGAAUACCAGCAAGGGACAAUACUUCCACAGGAAUACAAUUUUGCGAAGGGACAAGUGGCUGUGGCCCGCAAGAUUUUUGCGAUUCCCAAACGAAUGCUGGAACUGAUGGUGUUAACGCGAUGCAAGCGCUGGGAGUCUGUUGCCAUUAUGAUUGCAAAACUGAAGCAAUAAAUACGGGAAAAAUUGCUGAUGAAAACAUACCCGCUUACGCGGCGUAUACUGCUCAAGGAAAGUUGUGCAAUUAUGACAGUGACUGUGGAGAUAAUGGACUAUGCAUGACUGCUAAAGAUGUGAUUACAAACCAAAAUCCACUCGUUCUACAAGGAAAAGAGCAGAAACUCUGCUGCAGCUUUGAAACACGAAAGGAUGACGAACUAUACCGUUGCCUUAUUGGUGUAGCUCUAAGAGACACAAACCAGAAAAUAAUUAAAUGCGCUACAGAUGAAGAUUGCAAUAGGGAAGAAGGAAUAGAGCUGAGAGAUAAAAGUGAAUGGAAAUAUGAAUGCGUUCAAUCACUAUCCAAGGAAAAACAUUGUUGCUUAGCACCACAUUGUGGCGACGAGCUCACCUUUAUGAGAACGGAACUAGAUUGUAAAACUCCUCAAGAUUGUAUGAGAGAUGAAGAAGACAAGAGUAAUGCGGUUGGUCGAGCUGUAUGUGCCGACUUCACUGAGAGGAAUCAAGCAGCAAAGAAAAAAAAGUGCUGUCCAAUUGCCGACGCUAAAGCACGUCUCGCAUAUUGCACGAAAAGAAAUUGCUCUUCCUUAGCUGAUUGCGAUGCUGUUCUUGCAUAUUGCCAUCCUACAAAACACGUGUGUUGUCAUGCUGGCAUUACUAGGCUAGAUGGAACAAAGCAUGAAUCAUCGGGUACAUGUCAGGGAUUCUGCAAGGAUAAGCAAAUGUUUGGUAAAAAAGUCGCUCAAUAUUGUGUAGCUGUUAAGACGUCAAACGCUGGAGUAGGAGAAUGCUAUCUAUCACCUUAUGUGAGAAUUGUGGACAGAGACCGUGCUGUGAAUCCUGUUUAUAAGACGGUGUUCAUUAUAUCUGUAAUACUCACAUUAGUAUUUGCAUUCUUAGCGGUGAUUAUGUUUGUGAACUAUCGUUCUAAGAACUUUUGCGACAAGUAUACACCAAAGAAAAAGAAGGGUAAAAAGGGGAAGAAAAAGGGGAAGGAAUCAGGAAAGAGCGGUACUAGUGGUGGUGGUGAAGGAGGCACAGAGGGAGGAGGAACGUCAGGCGCCAGCGGUGUCAGCGGUACGGGAGCAGAUGGAACAAGUGGUGCCGGUGAUGGAACCAGCGGUGCUGGUACAGGUGCUGGAGAUGGUGCUAGUGGUACUGGAGCAUAA